ACAUCCGGAGGAAAGCUUUGCCUCCUACUUUUUGUUGGGACCUGAGAGAGAAAAUUAUCCCCGCAGAAGGAAACGAGGUGGGGAGAAAAGAAAAGAAGAAGAAACAGGAACAAGUUACAAACAUGGACAUGUCCGAGGUGGCUGUUUACUCGUCUACAAUGCAAGCGGACGUCCUUUCCCCUUGAAUUCGUUCUUUUGUGUAACCCUCCCUCCCUCCCAUCAUGCUGAGUUUCCUGCGCAGGACGCUGGGCCGACGUUCCAUCCGGAAACACGCAGAGAAAACUCGCUUACGGGAGGCCCAGCGUGCCACGACACACAUCCCUGCUGCUGGGGAGGCGAAAGCCGUCAUCACCUGCCGCGUGUCCUUACUGGACGGGACGGACGUCAGCGUUGACCUGCCGAAAAAAGCAAAAGGUGAGGAGCUGUUUGACCAGAUCAUGUACCAUCUGGACAUCGUAGAGAAAGACUACUUCGGACUGCGCUUCAUGGACUCUGCACAAGUGCCGCACUGGCUUGAUGUUACAAAAAGUAUCAAAAAACAAGUGAAAAUCGGCCCACCGUACUGCCUUCACCUGAGAGUUAAGUUUUACUCUUCAGAACCAAACAACCUGCACGAGGAGCUCACCAGAUACCUAUUUGUGUUACAGUUAAAGCAAGACGUCCUCAGUGGCAAGCUAGAAUGUCCAUUUGACACGGUGGUGGAGUUGGCUGCCUUCUCGAUACAGGCUGAGAUGGGUGAUUGUGACCCAUUGGAACAUAAUCGGGAUCUGGUGUCAGAAUUCCGCUUCAUCCCCAACCAGACCGAGGACGUAGAGCUGGAGAUAUACAACAAAUGGAAGGAGUGCAGAGGUCAGAUGCCAGCCCAAGCUGAAAUUAACUACCUGAAUAAAGCCAAGUGGCUAGAAAUGUAUGGGGUGGACAUGCAUAUGGUCAAGGCAAGAGAUGGUAAUGAGUACAGUCUGGGUUUGACACCCACUGGAGUUCUGGUGUUUGAAGGAGAAACCAAGAUAGGGCUCUUCUUCUGGCCCAAGAUUACUUGUCUGGAUUUUAAGAAGAGCAAACUGACGCUUGUGGUCGUGGAGGACGAUGACCAGGGCAAAGAGCAGGAGCACACCUUUGUCUUCAGGAUGGACCACCCCAAGGCCUGCAAGCACCUGUGGAAGUGUGCUGUGGAACACCACGCUUUCUUUAGGCUGAGAGGGCCGGUACAUAAGAACUCUGCGAGCUCUGGAUUCAUACGCAUGGGAUCACGCUUCAGAUACAGUGGGAAGACUGAGUAUCAGACAACCAAGGCCAAUAAAGCCAGGCGGUCUACCUCCUUUGAGAGAAGGCCCAGUCGACGUUACUCCAGAAGAACCAUGCAGAACAGAGGACCGUUCCAUCACCAGGAGCUUCUUUCCUCAGGCAACGGAGUCGGCUCCAGCAGAGGCAACAAGGCUUCUCCCAGUAGAAGUGCCUGGUCAGCUGUGCCCGUGGUCAGCCCGAUGGCUGCUUCUGCCUGUGCACCGAUGGAAAUUGAAGCUCUACCCAGGAGUCCCGGAGGAGAAAAGAGGAGUAUGCCAGUGGUUGCUGACCUGUUGGAAACGUGCAUGGAUGAUGUCCUCCGGGCUCCUGUCGUUCCCACGGAGACGGCUACAGACGAGGCCGGACCAAGCUACGCCUACGCUGCCACUGACGAUCCUCUCAGCCUCGCUGAAGCAGCAGCUCGUCUGAAGCAGCUUGAGUUGGAGAGCAGUCCGCUUCUUGGUACUCCAAUAAAUGUCAAUGUUAAUAUGGUCAUGAACAAUCAGGAGGAUGUGGUGAAGCUCACAGAGAAGUGUGGUCUGAGCAGCACAGGCAGUAGUCCAGUUGUUACUCCACUGUGCACCCCAGAGGGCCUGAAGAGUAACAUCCUGAAAGCACGAGUUGAGGCUGCUGCCCUCAAGGGAUCUUUGGAGGAACACGGCGUACUUGGUGGAGAUAAAAACUGUAACCUGCAGGAGGCCUCAGCCAGGUUGAAGGUGCGCGCCGGGCGACUGGGCAGCAACUCGUCUCUGUCCGUCAGCAGUCGCCCUGAAAUCCAAGACUCCUGGGACCUGCUCAAGUCCGCCUCACUGGUCUCAUCAGCAGGGGCCAGUGCCGAGAGGCUAGCUGAGGACGUAAUCCCCUGUGUUCCCAAGAUGCCCUCUGAGUCUGCCAGCGAAGGCCCGUCACCAAAGGAUAAAGUGGAGGAAGUUGACCUGCAGAACAUCACCUCACUGUGUGACAACCUGAUUGAUUUCACUGAUCCAACCCCCAUGUUGGCACCAGUGCAUCAGCCCAAACCUCCCAUCACACCUCGCUGGAUCAUUCCUGCAACUGCUCCUCCUGGUGUCUUUACUAACGGCCUACUCGACCUUGACCCCCCUGCUAAGGUCAACCCUCUUCUCCCUGCGGAUGGGGGAGCAGCUCUCACCCCAGUCCUCCCCCUCCUCGCUCACACACGUAACACCAUCUUCGCCAGCACGGCGGGUCAGCAGCCAGCCGCGGAGGAUGGAGCCAAACCCAGAGGUCUCCUAACCACUGAGCUCUGAUGGAGAAGUGAGGAGCGGCUGUCAACACGUUCCCCGACUGCUUUCCCAUCGCAACCCACACACACACACACGCACACACACACACACACACACACACACACACACACACACACACACACACACACACACACACACACACACUAGCUGAUCACUGAGGUGCUCUGAGGAAUGUGGAACCAGGGGAAGAGGCAGCUUACAAACACAAUUUCACCCACGCUGACAAACAGAUUAGACAAACUGAACAUAGUGCACAGGAAAAUAAUAGGAAUAUGACGACAAGAUAACGUGACGCAAAGCCUAGUUUUUGUAAAACAGUUAAAACAAAACAUUUAGCUCCAGUAUUAACAUCUCAAGAACACUUCACUUGGGAAUCUCCUGCAUGAGUUCACGGAUCGUGACCUGCAUUUUGCUUAAUCCAUCCAGUCAGCCGAACCUCUGUCCCGUCAUAACUGGAGAAAAGUGUUAAAGUCUUUUUAUUCCACUUGUUAGCUCCAGAGGUCAAGUUGAGGCUGACGCACUAAAAUCGUAAAAAGCACGAGGCUUCUGACUCAAAGGGAAGUUUGUCUCUUUUUAGCGCGGCUUUCCUCCCAUUUAUUUUAUUCUUUUAAUCAUGCUGUUUUAUUGCUGGUUAUUCACACCAAUGGAUCACUGUGGCUCUGAGCUCGUCUGUACGCACACAGAUCACACAGGAUGUAGCUCUGCUGUGCUGAAGUGCACUAAAAGAAGGCUAUAAAAAUAAAAGAAAGACAAUGACUUAAAAUGUUGACUCCAAGAGAUAAAAAAAACGCCUGGACUCUGAACAUAAAGUAUUGAUAUGAUACUGUACUUUGUUUUUAUCUAAUUCUACUCGUGAAACUGGUCUCUUUGGCAGCCACUGGAUAUGAAGACGUCACUGGAUUAUUUUUGAAACACUGGACCUUGAAAUUGAUGUUUUGCAUUGGAUGACAAUGUAACUGACCACUUUUCUUUUUUUUAAUUUUAUAUAUCCUGUUCUUACUUUUCCUUUUUUUUUGACAUUUUUUAAUUUGCUCAUAGCAGUACUUCACACACUUUCGUACCGGCACGAUGAGGGAUUGACCGUCACUGAUGGAAGUUCAUCUCGUUUUGGACCCGUUGUGUUGCUUUGUAAACUUUUAUCGUGACUUUUGAGCAAAAAUUGAAGAUUAAGUUUUACCAUUUUGUGUCAAAUGUGAUCUAUGUUUUCACUUUACUUCACUGACUCCACUUGCGACAAUUUUUCAUUUACUACAAUUGUUUUAUUGGCAAUGUAAAUGCAAGAGGCUGCUCGAUUCCUUUUGAAACCAACGCGUCUGCAUAGCUGAAUUCAUUUAUGACUGUAGUCUCCCUCGUUACAGGACACGGCUCCUGGACUUCAUAUUUGCUGUAGCUUCGACCUGCCUUAUGGAAAUGAAUGUAUUCACACCGUCUCAUCUGGGAAUGCUGGCGAUGCCACAGUGGCAAAACUUGUUAAAUUCUCGUAACUGGAGGAAAACCUGUGAAAUAUCUUAAGAGAUGAUUUUAUACGUGUUAAAUUGAGGCCUAAUUCUACAAUUUCCUGAGUUAUUAAUUAAAUGUAUAACAUUGACUCUUAAAAUAUAUAUUUUUUAUCUCAAUGCCCCAUACAGCAUAAUCACCAAGUCUAGACCCUCAUUUAAGUUAUGUCUGGGUUUUUCAUAAUGAUGGUGGUUUAAUUCUCGGUCUUGACCGAGGGAAGCCGACUGUUCUUCUUAGCCGUUAUUUAUGCCACUAUUCGGUGUUCAAAUAUGACAUGAUGUCCAAAAGUGUUGUAGCGUACAGUUGUAAUGUAUUGUCAGUAUUAUGGCAUCGGCUGGCUGUAGAUAUGAAGUAGAUUUAUAUAUAUAUAUUUCUGAAACUUGUGCUGGCAGUAUUAUGACACACUGAGAAGAUUUCUCUGAUUACAAAAAGAAGUAGGAAACGUAUUACUGAUUGAGCUGACUAGAAAAAACACAGAUUGUGACCUUUUCAAAUGCAAUUUUAUAUCAACUUUUUAUUUUAUUUUUCUGGAAUACCUGAUCAUGAUUCAGUAAAGCUUUGCUACAGUAGUAGUCAA